UUUCAAAUAAAUGACUCGAAAGGCUGGAGAGGAGACGCACACAAUGGCCGAGACUUCUGCACGGACACACUGCRGAUGAAUUAACCUGUUUUCUUCCAAACUACUUUAAAAUAGUGUAGUUUCGUUCAGUCAGCGUUUUUCUUUUUCGGACUUUCACCACUACAACAAAACGAGGUCACCAUGCCUCCUACGACUCCCUAUGCAGGGAAGUUCAACUCUUGCCCUCCGUACAACAACAACAACCACGCUCAGCCUCAGAGCCCGUACCGGAGCAACACAGCUCCGAAACCUUCAAGAGAGAGCGUUUACAACGGCACCUACCCGACCGCGGAAAACCCCUACGACGUGCCGCAGCCUCACGGCGCGCACCGUAGCUCCUCGGUCUCGUCCGUGGCCGCCAAGGAGCACCGUUACGGCAGCAGCUGCACCAUUUCGGACAACCUUUACUCCCCGCCGCAGCCUCACAGCCCCCGCCAGCACAGCACGUCCUGUCCGGGCCGAGCGUAUCGGCACACGAGCGGCUGUGGCGGCGACCAGUCCUGCCGUAACGACGGCGCCUCGACGAAAGCUCGACUUUACGGACGUGGAAUCACUGCCAGCUACGGGGAGAUGUGUUAUCACGACAACAGUUUGGUUUCAGCUUCUCUUGAGGCGCUGAUCCAGCACCUGGUUCCCACUGUGGACUACUACCCUGAUAGGUCGUACGUGUUCACGUUCCUGCUGAGUUCACGCCUCUUCCUGCACCCGUACGAGCUCAUGACGAGGGUUUGUCACCUGUGUGUGGAGCAGCAGCGGUCUGGAGACGCUCUGCUGGAUAAGAUCCGCUUCCGUGACGUGGCGCCAAAACUGGUCCAGCUUUUGACCGAGUGGACGGAGACGUUCCCGUACGACUUCAGAGACGAGAGGAUGAUGCGCUGCCUUAAAGACAUGACGCUGCAAGUGGGCCGAGGGGACGAGUACUCAUGGCGAGCCAUGCAGCAGAUGACUCAGCGCCUCAUCAAGCGCCUGUCUGCCCUCGGCCAGUACGAGGAGGCCGUGGCGGCGCUCAACGCCGUGGCGCAGGAGCGUCCCGCUUCGCUGAAAAGCAAACAGGCUUCGGCUCAGCGAAGCGACAUCUUGAGCGUGUGCGACGAACCUUUCAUACUUGCCCAGCAGCUAACACACAUCGAACUGGACAGACUGAGCUUCAUCGGUCCUGAGGAGUUCAUCCAGUCGUUCGCCAUGAAGGAUCCUCUGGAGAACCAUAAGGGUUUUUUCCGCAAACGUAAAACUAGCAACCUCGAGGCCUACGUCAACUGGUUCAACCGGCUGAGCUUCUUGGUGGCUACUGAGAUUUGUAUGCCGGCGAAGAAGAAACACAGAGCGCGAAUUAUCGAGUUCUUCAUCGACGUGGCUCAGGAGUGUUUCAACAUCGGCAACUUUAACUCUCUCAUGGCCAUCAUCACUGGGAUGAACAUGAGUCCCGUCGCCAGACUGAAGAAAACCUGGAACAAAGUCAACACUGACAAGUUUGAAAUAUUGGAGCACCAGAUGGACCCUUCCAGUAACUUCAGUAAUUACCGCACUGCGCUCCGCGGCGCCACCCAGAGGUCUGAGACGGCACACAGUAGCCAGGAGAAGAUUGUCAUUCCUUUCUUCAGUCUCCUCAUUAAAGACAUCUACUUCCUGAAUGAAGGCUGUGCCAACAGGCUGCCUAAUGGACAUAUUAACUUUGAGAAACUGUGGGAGCUAGCAAAACAGGUGAGCGAGUUCCUGGUUUGGCGUCAGGUCAUUUGCCCGUUCGACAGAGACCGCCGCAUCCUUCAGUAUCUUGUCACCACACCUGUUUUCACUGAAGACGAGCUGCACCUGGCUUCAUAUGAGAGCGAAGGACCUGAGAACAACAUGGAGAAAGACAGUCGGAGGUCUCUCAGAUCAUCCCUUCUCCACCGAGAGAACCGAUCUUAAACGAAAGACUAUUGGUGUUUUAUUCAUUCCUGUCUCUGUGGUCAAAGUUUACAUCCUGGACCUAAAACCUGUCCUGUGGAACAAUGGACACAUCUGGGACAUCCUCACAAAUAAGCCUUUUAUCAAGUCUUUGAACUUUCAAGGAGCACGGAUGAUUCCUAUGUCAGGAAGAUCUUCAUGUUUAUUGAGUGUGUGAGACAUCACGACCCUCCAGCUUCAGCUGAAAUCAGUUUAACCCACUGAUACGAGAAGAACCGGGAUUCUUAUUUUUAAUAAGCUAUGCUCUGUCUGAAGGAGCUUACAGGACAUCAAAGGACGAGUGGAUUUAUAUACAGAACACAAAUGCUGGAGAACUUUGAACCAGUAGUUGUCAGAAUGAACCAUCACUGCUCACAUGAUAGAUCUGAAAACCACAGAACCUUAAAAUCAAAUCUGAAAAGAUGAAUUGAUUUGCUGUGUAAGCUAUAAAGUGUUGCCGUUUUACCUUUUUUUUUUGAAACACAAAAAGUACAGCAGUAACCACACAUCCACAGUUUGUACACAGCAUUUUAUCUGCAUUUGAACAUCUCGUGGUGUCUGCACUUUGACUAUUUGUGGUUUCAAAAUUGUGCAAGUGGAAACAAUAUCAUGCAUAUUCAACCAAAAAAAUGCACUUUUGUGUGUUUUUUUUAUGUGGAUUAUAGGAUUCUGUGACUCUAACUGUACCAGUCUUUCUGUGUUUAUGGCAUUAAGCUGCAUUUUAUAUCAAAAGCCUAUAAUGUGCUUUAUUUUUAUUCGUUUAUGAGUUUCACAAUGAGCUUGUUGCUGGUUGGCUGGCUCUGUGGUGGAAGCUUUUAUACCAGUUCAUGUAUUACUAAACAAACAAAAAAGAAGUAUUUGUGGAAAGAAUGAAGCACAAACUGAUGUAAUUAUAUGUGUAUACUCUUAUUUUUUUAAGCUUGCGAUCAUGUGGGAGUAAUAUUUUAAUAUCCUGCUACGAGUGAUGGUGAUGCUUUGUUUUUAUGUUUUAAAGGCAUUCCUUUAACGUGUCUUUUUAUUGUGUAUUUUUUGUGCAUCUUUUGUGCUAGAAGAGGGGUACAUUUAAUAAAAAUGAAUAGAAUGACA